AGAGGACGUAGAGUGCCAGCUUGGUGAGGUUUGAGUUCACCAUGAUGAUGGCGAUAGUCGGUUGUUCGAUCGAUCAACAACACCGUCGAGGCCGUCCUUCCGGGAGUUGCGCAAGGCUGGAGGUGGACACGACGGGGGAGAAAGAAGAGCGAUCGUCAUUUCUUAUUCUUAUAUACACGUCCGACUCGCUUCUUUUCGCCCUGUUCUCGUCCCAGUCGUCGUCACCUCGGAGGGGGUCUUGCGUCGGGGGAGGCGUCGACAAGCUCCAAGGGAGAUACCGCUGGGCGCGCGCGAUGGAACGAUCCCGUGUCUCGUCCGAUGCGAGCACACGUGCAUUGGGCAGAUCUAGGCCAUUGGACGAUGCUCCGGGAGGCUCUGGAGACAGACUUCGAUGCGAUUGUGGAGUCUAAGCAUCUUGACCAUACAGGUUCAAAGGCAAAAAGGUCCCCGAUUACUGUCCACCUCCUCCCCAGCCCGAUGCCAUCGCAGGUCGAGGACAGGAGGGAGGGGAUCUUGAUUGUAAAACCACCAACGACCUCGCUUCGUCCUGCUCUGUUUACUGUCUGUCCCGGUCGUUCACCUGUGGGGACUUCGGCAGAAAAAGGGCUUGCCUGUCCUCCUCGUAGCGGGUGGGGUAAGCAGAGCCACAGGCUUAAAAAAACAGACCGGCCAUGCGCCUCCAUGGACAUUUCGGUCCGUGUAUACCUGAGUAUUCUGCACAUCAUCUGUCAAUGCCGUAGAGAUUUGGAAUUCCACACAGCGCUUGCCUUAGCGGAGGGAGGAAGAGCGCGAACGGGCUCGUUUAUAGUAUUCCGAGAUGCGCACGACAACACCAGAGCCGCGGCGCACCCAACCCAUGAUGAUUCGUUAUCGAUAGGAAAACAAUCUCUCCUGGCACGGUCUUUGAUCGUGGUGUUUUAUUGCCGUCCACCUGGGCAACGAUGAAUCGCACGGGAAGACUUCCGAUCAAUUUUAUCAGACUACUCGUCUGGGUGAUGGAUACCUAACAACAUGAUUGUAUUCGCCUAUCUCCCAACUUGUGAUCAGACAGCCCGCGGAGGGAGGUGGAUGAGAAGUCAUUUCUCCGAGAAGCCACCUGGAGGAUUCUGGGAGGGGCGAGAAAGAGAGCCGUAAAAACAUCGCGGGU